AACCUGGGUAAACUCCACUCACUUCGCAUGGGCAAAUGGGACAAUUUUCGCGGGCCAGGACCUUUCGUACGCCAUUGAAAAAGCGGACUAUUUGCUGUCAACAGAACUGCCAAUUUUGCUUGAAGGAUGCAAUCCCAUGUCUUAAAUCCAUACGACUAGUCUUCAACAUUUUUUGUACGGGUAAAAGAAGCUAAAUUCACCCAUCAAUCACAGUCAUCAUCCAAAUCGGAAUCGCCAGAAGUUCUAUUUCGGAUCGCAGUAGAUUCUGGAUCCUGCAUUCUGCUCCUCGUCCAUCUUGAGGCACACAAUGUCUACUCAUGAGCCGCCGGUGAAUCUGACGGAACGAAAUCGCAUGCACACAACGGUCCAGUUCAUACGACUAUCUGUUGUAUGUAUCACCUUCUUCGUCGACAUUGCCAACUUGGGAAUGUGCACCAUUGCACUUCCCACCAUCAAGGAAGAGCUUGGCUAUGACGAAGGUUCCCUUCAGUGGGUGAUGACAGCUUAUGCGCUGACCUAUGGUGGUUUCCUUAUGAUUGGUGGUCGCUUUGGAGACAUCUUCGGCCAAGAGCUUGUACUCAAGAUAUCCAUGAUCGCCUUCAACGUUUUCACCUUGAUCUGUGCCUUGGUGAAGGAUAAGAUUGGCUUCCUUGUUAGUCGCGCUUUACAAGGCUUGGCCGCUGCUUUUACUGUUCCUGCAGCCCAGGCCAUGGUCGGGCAUCUUUUUCCAGACCCUAAAGCACACGCUCUUGCUCUCAGCUGGUGGGGUGCAACAGGUUCGAUGGGCUUCGUCCUGGGGCCUAUCAUCGGUGGCCUCUUUACAUCCCUGGUCUCUUGGCGCUGGAUAUUUUGGUUUCCUCUCAUUCUGGAAGGCCUCCUCGCUGUCUUGGCCUUAUUUUUGUUUCGCAGCGCGAAAUGUCAAGACAAGGAAAAGUCACUCAGUCUUGUGGAGAUCAUAGAGCGUUCUAAUCCCGUUGGAACUGGACUUUCGAUUCCGGGCUUGAUACUCCUCGUCUAUGCACUUACGGCUGGCAACGAAGUUGGCUGGUCUGAUGGAAGUGUCAUUGGAACACUGAUAGCUGCCGUGGUCUUGCUAGUCGCUUUUGGCGUAGUCGAAGCGAAGCUGGCACGAUACCCCUUUGUGCCGCGGCAUUUGUGGAAGACAGGUAAUAUUACCAUUGGGUGUAUUCUGGCAGCUAUCACAUACGCAGUCUGGCAAGGUGCAAAUUACUUUCUUACCCUCCAGUUGCAAGAUCUUGGCUUCACUGCACUGGAGACAUCAGUCCGGUUUUUGCCUCUUGGAGUGACCGCCUUCUUGGUGAACAUGGUCAUUCCACACCUGCUGGGACCAGUCGGACCGCGAGUUCUCCUGCUGAUUAGCUGGCUCUUUGCCAUUGCCGGAGUUGUCCUGUUCGCCUUUGUUCGCUCGCAUGACGAUUACUGGCGUUUGUGCUUCCCAGGCAUGAUCUUGUAUAUAAUCGGUGUCGGAACCGUUUACUAUGUCUCCAUGGUUAUCGUGGUCACAUCAGCCCCUGCAGCCGAUCAAGGUUCUGUCGCAGGCGUCUUCAAUAUGUCGCUCAACAUUGGGGGUGCCGUCUUUGGCGUGGCAGUUUUGACGGUUAUUGCCAACAGCGUUACCAGUAACAACGGCGGCCAAGACUCACUCGCGGCUCGUUUACGUGGCUAUCAGGCAUCGUACUAUGGAGCCAUUGCCUGGGCGGUACUAGCAACUCUGAUAUCCAUUUACGUGGUUAUCAGCGGCUACAGAAAAUCCAAGCAGAGUGAAAAGAUUUCCGCUACCGAAGAAAGCAGCAAGGGCGAUGAGAUGGUGAAGGAGUAACGAAGACAUCGCUGCUGAUUCUUCGUUUGUAAGGAUUCCUACAAUGAAGCUGGAGCUACCAAUAUGGAAGUGCUAUACUCUAUUUGGGGUCCAUUGAGAUGGCAAUGUAUCUGGUGUUUAUAAUCGGGAGUUCAAGCUUCUCUUCUGGUGCA